CUGGGUUGAGUGCCUCUGGCAUGCGCCUUCUCCCGGUCAGUACUGCCAACGGCGUCCUCCCGAAUUGGCGAAAUAAACAUUUCAAAAUGGAGUGGAGCUACUCCGUGCCAUAAGGCAAUAAUCGUAAACAAUUAAUAACCACCCAGUGUUAAUCUCGGAUUAUCAAUUAGUGCUUUGAGUGGAGGACAUGGCGAAGUCAGUGCUGAGUUCAGACUCAUUACCGAAGGCUGGUAGAGUCAACGAGGUGUGUCGAGAGUGGCUGGUUCACGAGGAUGGCGCCCUGGCGUAUCGAUUGCAGGAUGAAGAGAUCAAGGAGCAUUACACGGGGAACAAAGUGCGUAAUGCCCAAGUGAGGGAAGAUUUACCAAGGGCACGGGUGGAGCAGGAGCUGGAGGAACUGAGAUAUCACUCACUGGUUCAACAGCAUUUAGACAGAAAUUAUCUAAACUGGUAUGGAUUCCGCAGGGAGGAACGAGACGCUAUGGUGGCUCGACAGGUAGCUCUGAAUCUCGAAAGAGAGGAGCGAAUAAAAGAACGAGAGCUCCAAGAGAGAAUGAGGCUUCAAUUACGACUUGAUGAUGAAGCAGCACAAGUUGAGGCCGAGUUGGAAAUGCAGAGGCGCCUGCAGGAGGAGAAAGAUCAAGAACUAGCGAGGAAGCUCCAAGAGGAGGAGGAGCGAUCGGUGGACGCAAAUGACGGUCCAUUCGACGAUCAGCUUCUUCAAGACCAGAAGCUGGCGAUGGAGGCGCAAGACGCGGAGCUAGCGCGAAUGCUCCAGGAGAAGGAGAGGGCGAAGGCCAAACGUGCGAGGGAGCGGGCGAGGCAGAAGAAAUUGGAGCGCCAGAUGCAGCAGCAGCAACAGCAGCAACAGCUGGAGGUGCAGAACGAAAUGGAGAGACCCCAAAGGCCAGACAAACUGGACCUAAAGGUCUCCUACGACAGAAAACCCAGGAGUCAGCCUCACUACCCUGAUCCUGAGGAGAUCCAGGUCCUCGAGGAGCAAGAGGACAUCCGGGAGAUGCCCAAUGUCGCGACGAUCAUCGAUCCAACGUAUAGUGGCAGUGGUCAUCGCAGCACCACCUCCAGCAGCUCAAGCAACACGGUUAGUCCUUCGUACGUUCUUCCAACGCCUCCCCAGGAGCUCAUGGACGAUGUGCCCUGCUACAUGCCCAUUCAGGGACAGAGACGCAUGCAGAUGCAGUCACCUUCUCUCUCACAUGAUGAGAAACACAAACGCAGGGUGAAGGAUGGCUGCAAACACCAGUAGGGAUCGUAAUUUCAGGGGUAGGGGAGCGGAAAUCGCGUAGUCUUCUCACUUUGGUCACUCUUCCGGGAGUUAGGAAUCACAUUCCAGCAACACUGCCUUAGGAUGGUGAGUACUUGAAGGAGUGAGGAGAUGAUGGAAUCCUCGAGGAUUCGGGACCCAAAAAAAGGGAGAGCCAAAUUAAUCGGAUAGGAGCUCCCCUCCUAUCACUUGAUAUCAAAAUAAUUAAACAAAUAGUUUAAUGUUUUAAAAUUCCCCUAACUUAUUCAUCUCCUAGACAAUUGAAAAUUCAACACCACGUGGAAUCUCCCCUCAUGAAUAAUUCAAUCAAACAUUCUUCUGUGAGUCCGUCAGUUACUGAAAAAGAAUUCCCCUCGAAUUUAAUCAUCUCCUCCCUCACAUAAUUGAAAUAAUUCGAAGUUUAACGUGCGACUGUUGCCAUAGUGUACUCCCUAACGGGAGUUAUCUUGGAGAAACGAAUAUAACGAUAAUAAUCACGGUGUUUUGUGCCUUUUCACGAGGCAUUGUUUGCAAUACGAGUGCUCAACUUGAAUGGUAUACACAACGGUAUCUGUAAUUUCAACAAAGUUGUUGAAAAUAACAUGAAUUAUUUUAUUUUUAUGUAGUUACCACGCAAAAUUCAAUUUUUAUUUCGUUGUGACGACGUGUUCUGGACGGAAACACUUAUUGAUAUUUCAAAGUUAAAGAACGUAAGUGAGAAACGCUUGAAAAAAUGUUAAUUGAUAAUAAAUGACAAAAUUAUGCACUAGUUUUAAAUUAUUGGGGUCAACAAAAGUCAAAGUCAGUAUUAUUUAAUGAUCGCGAAAAAAAAUCUCUUGUUACUUAAUUCCAUCCGAGUUACAUAUUAUUGAAUAAUUCUCCAGGACACGUCGACAAAAGAGAAAAAUUUCCAGUAAAAAGAAUAAAGUAUUGAUAUUCGAGUAUUUUUUACUAUUGUAAUUAGUAAAUAAUGAAUUAAUGAAUCCAUUAAUUUUCAAUGGAUGGUGUAAUCAGAUUAUUUUAUACUAUUUCUAAUAAUUACUACAUUGCAAUAUUUAUCGGAAAAUGGUAGAGCGAUGGAAAAAUAACAUUGCCAAAGAUCUGACACUUUAAAUGUUUGGCUCUGUACCAGAUUGUAACGAGUAUUAAACAAUAAUCGAGGUGACUUAAAUUUCAACGAUUAAUCAAAGUAAUGUACGUAAUAAUCUUGUUACUGUGCUGCAUCAAUUGAGAGUUUAUAUAUGCGAGGAUAAUUCAAUUCGUGAUAAAUUAACUGGCUAAUCAACUCCCGAAGGGGAUAUCAAAUAAUUAUCUUUCAGAAGAGUUAAUUUCCAGGACUUUUUCCUUGGAUUUAACAACUCAAUAAUUUGAAUCAUGAAAAUUAUGAAGCCUUUGUGUUAUUAUACAAUUAAUACAAUUAAAAUGAGACGGAUUAAUUGAGGGAGAACUCACCCCAACAAAAUGUUAUGCUAUACAAUUUUUUACGGUUAUUUCAUCGAAACAUUAUUAACAGUUUUCGUAGGUAUUUAAUUUAGUUAUUUGAAGGUAUCUUAGAACCACUUAUAGCUAUAGUACAAAUUGAGAUACACGAUCUAAUUUUUUUAUAUUUUUAUUGCAUUAUCGUAGCUAUACAUGAGCAUAUCAAUAAAUUAUUUACAACUGUA